CCCGGCGGAGUGGAUGUUCCGAGGCAUGAGCCCCCAGCCACAAGGCUGGGCCGGGUAGCACGGCGUGGGACGGGAGUGUGUGCCCACACAUGGUUCGGCCCCGCGGUGACCGGAGCAGCCUGGGCCGCCACCAUGAUGAGGUUGUUGGUGGCCAAAAUCCUCUGCAUGGUGGGCGUGUUCUUCUUCAUGCUGCUCGGCUCCCUGCUCCCCGUGAAGAUCAUUGAGACGGACUUUGAGAAGGCACAUCGCUCGAAAAAGGUUCUCUCCCUCUGCAACACCUUCGGAGGCGGGGUCUUUCUGGCCACGUGCUUCAAUGCCCUCCUGCCCGCCGUGAGGGAAAAGCUCCAGAAGGUUCUGAGUCUCGGGCACAUCAGCACCGACUACCCGCUGGCCGAGACCAUCGUCAUGCUGGGCUUCUUCCUGACCGUCUUCCUGGAGCAGCUCGUGCUGGCCUUCCGCAAGGAGAAGCCGUCCUUCAUCGACCUGGAGACCUUCAACGCCGGCUCAGACGCCGGCAGCGACUCGGAGUACGACAGCCCCUUCCUGGGGGGCGCGCGGGGCCACGCACUGUCUGCGGAGCCGCACCCCCACGCGCACGGGCUCCGGGUGCAGGAGCUGCCGCGCUCCGGCCCGCUGCGGCUCCUCAGCCUCGUGUUUGCCCUGUCGGCGCACUCCAUCUUCGAGGGCCUGGCCCUGGGCCUGCAGGAGGACGGCGAGAAGGUGCUGAGCCUGUUCGUGGGGGUGGCCGUCCACGAGACGCUGGUGGCCGUGGCCCUGGGCGUCAGCAUGGCCAGAUGCUCCAUGGCCCUGAGGGACGCGGCCAAGCUGGCUGUCACCGUGAGCGCCAUGAUCCCGCUGGGCAUCGGUGUGGGCUUGGGCAUCGAGAGCGCCCAGGGCAUGCCCAGCAGCGUGGCCUCAGUGCUGCUGCAGGGCCUGGCGGGCGGCACGUUCCUCUUCGUCACCUUCUUUGAGAUCCUGGCGAAGGAGCUGGAGGAGAAGAGCGAGCGUCUGCUCAAAGUCCUCUUCCUGGUGCUGGGCUACGCCGUCCUGGCCGGCAUGGUCUUCCUCAAGUGGUGAACUCCCGCCCCUGCCCCCCGCCCCCAAGCGGGCGCGCUCGGGCCCCAGGCUCCGCCUGUGCACACGGGGGCUGCGCCCCAUACCCUACACCCUGAGCCUGGGGCACCACGACCGGUUUUAAAAAUACUUCUCUUAAAAUUAUUUACCAAA